AUGAGUGGGGCUGCGCCCGUGCGGCGUGUCACGGCGACCUCUGGCGCCGGCUUCAAAGACGCGCUUUUUUCUCCCACCCGAGACACCGCCACGGCAGACGGCAAGUCUACGCGGGGCGGGCGACGGAGGUCUGAGGCGGAACGCCACGGGGUGCCGUCGCUCCAAUGCCUUUCCCGCAAUUUUGAGUUUCUCUCCCGUGAGGUGAGACAGCUCUCUACACGCGGAGAAGCGGCGUCCUCGCCACCGAGUUUGGCUUUGCCCGAGCAGCAGCAGCAGCGGCCGAAGUUGCCGCUUAUUCGCGAGCUCUCAGCAGUGACUCCCAGAAUUUUGUCGCGGGUUCGCAACGGUCCGCCUUUCACGUCUCGCACUAGGGCUUUCACGCAUUUUGUGGCGUUGGAGGAAAGACCAGUAGCUGUGUCACCUGCAGUGGCGUCAAACAAAAAGGCUUCGGCGGAGAGAUGCGUCACAAGUGAUUCACGGCGGCCUUUGUCAGGAACACGAGCCGCAACCUCCUCCGGGAGCACGCGAGGAGGCCGCAUUCGUGUGGUGGUACGCAAGCGCCCCAUGGAGCCUGGUGACACGGGGACGGAUGCUGUCUUGGUGAACUCCCCUUGGGUGCACGUCUCCGUCAAGAGGCGACGCGUUGAUCUCACCGACUACGAGGAUGUAAACGACUUUAUGUUUGACUCCGUCUUUGCGGAGGACACGACGAACGCCCAUUUAUUUGACAGCUGCGGCAACGACCUGAUUGUCACAGCACUCGCCGGCGGCAGCGCCUCAUGCUUUGCGUACGGCCAAACUGGUAGUGGCAAGACGCACACGAUGCAGGGGAAUCAGCAGGAAAAGGGACUGUACCUUUUAGCCGCGGUGGAGUUGUUCAUGCGACUCCCGCCAGAGCACGAGGUGCACGUCGCCCUGUACGAAAUUUACAGCAACUCCCUUUUCGAUCUGCUGAACGGCCGCGUCCCAGUCACGCUGCGGGAGGACCACCACCACCGGAUGAAUAUCUGCGGCCUGUCGUGGCACAACAUUGCCUCCGCGGAGGCGCUGCAGUUGCUCAUUGGCAGGGGCACCUACCAACGCCGCACCGGCAGCACAAGCGCGAAUGAAUGCUCCAGUCGCUCCCACGCCGUCUUGACAAUCCGCAUCCUUCACCGCCGUGACGCAUCGUUUUGUGGAACGCUGAACUUCGUCGACCUCGCCGGCAGCGAACGGGCGUCGGACACGGCGGCGGAAGACCAGCAGACACGCCGGGAGGGGGCGGAGAUUAACAAAUCGCUGCUGGCACUGAAGGAGUGCAUCCGGGCGCUGGAUGAGAAGAAGAAGCAUGUGCCGUUCCGCGGCUCAAAACUGACAGAGAUACUUCGUGACAGUUUUAUGGGGAAUAGCCGGACUGUGAUGAUAGCAAAUAUCUCUGCCUCCUCCUGUAACUACGAGCACACGGUGAAUACACUUCGGUACGCCUUCCGCGUCAAAGGCCUUAGUGUGGCCAGUGUCGUUCCGAGUAAGGCGCGUAACGCGCCGCGGCCGGUGCGUCAGAAUGUCUGUGACUUUUCGGAGCUGCUGAAUUUUACCAAUGACACAGCGGAGGAUGCGCCGACGCAACGAGCAGCCACGCCGUUGAGGUGUAGAACUCAUCCACACGGGGUGGGCUCCCAAGUGUCUGGAAAUCGCAGCCGCAGACCAAAUAUGAGCCACCCGAAUGCGCAGGGCAGUAACAUGAUUGUGUCUCCGCCUCACGGGAUGUUGCUUGCCAAUGAGAACACCCCCCGUAUGAACCUCCAUGCGAUGGCGCAUGAAAAAGUAUUGAAUUUGAUUCCCCUGGACAAGUUGCGGGAGAAGCUUUCGAAUACAGACGACAUCAGUGCACCGGGCAGCGCCGACGCGUUGGCGAGCCCAAGUGGUGGAACGACGGAGCAGCAGCAGGUUUUGGAGAUUGUCAAUCAAGUGGUGGAUGUGUUGAAGCUUGAGAUGGAGCCCUUGCUCAUGAGGGGUGUACGGAGGCGUGAUUGUCUUAUCAGGAAGCUUCGCAGCGAAAACAUUGCUCUGCGGGCAAUAAUUGCAACACUGGGGAAGAGGGCGGAGGAGUGCAAGUAUUGCAGGCGACAGUUGGGGGAAACAUUGGCGGCGCCCAUAACGUUAUAG